AUGGUACACCUGGGAGACCUGUUUCCUGACUUCGCCGCAGACACUUCUGAUGGCCGGAUCGAAAGUUUCCACGACUGGAUCUCGGACUCAUGGGCAAUGCUGUUUUCCCAUCCCGCUGAUUAUACUCCUGUGUGUACCAGCGAGCUGGCAAAGGUGGUCACUAUGGAGGAAGAGUUUAAGAAACGCAAUGUCAAGCUCAUCGCCUUGUCUUGUGAUGAUGUAGACAGUCACAGAGAUUGGGGAAAGGAUGUGGUGGAGUACUCUGGGUGCAAGCAUGAAAAAUUGCCUUAUCCUAUCAUUGCUGACGAAAAACGUGAACUGGCAGUGCAGCUGGGUAUGAUUGACCCUAAUGAGAGAAGCAAAGAUGGCCUACCACUGACUGCAAGAUCGGUCUUUAUUAUAGGACCUGAUAAAAGGCUUAAACUGUCCAUUCUCUAUCCAGCAACUACAGGACGCAAUUUCACUGAAAUACUACGGGCCAUUGAUUCACUGCAGCUGACUGCUACAAAAAAAGUAGCCACUCCGGUGGACUGGCAGCAAGGAGACAAGUGUAUGGUCCUGCCCACACUGUCUCAAGAGGAAGCUAUUCAGUUGUUCCCCAACAUGGAGACUCUUCCCUUACCGUCUGGCAAAGGCUACUUGCGUCUGACCCCUCAGCCGUGA